AUGUCAUCGCCCCAAUGGACAUCUGAACCAAGGGUAUUUCCGCCUGCUGGCUUGAUUUUGCUGGAUACAUCCCUGAAGAUCGAGGAAGAGACGUUACCAACGUACCAGCCGGAGAAAUACUAUCCGACGCAAAUAGGAGAAGUGCUCGACAAUAGAUAUCAAGUACUUGCUAAAUUGGGGUACGGUGUCACAUCGACUGUUUGGUUUGGUCGUGACUUGAUCGAGUCUAAAUACGUUGCUCUGAAGAUCUUUGUAAAGGACAGGGAGAGAAACCAUGAAUUGGAUAUCUAUCAUCGUAUCAACUCGGUGGAGUCUGACCAUCCAGGAAAGAGGUUUAUCCGCAAACUACUCAAUUAUUUUACCAUCGUCGGCCCACACGGCCAACACCUUUGCCUUGUUCAUGAGCCUCUAGGAAUCAGUGCAAGCAAGCUGAUUAAAUGGAUGCCUGGGCGAGUGAUGUCGCUCGAGGAUCUCAAACCUUGUAUACGGCAAUAUUCAAUUGAAAAACCUGCUUCUUCCCACCCCGAUGCCAAAGGCGCUUUCCAACUUCGAAGAAAGGAGAUAAAGACACAGUCACCAAGGAAGGUCCUCCAAGGCCGCACCAUCUACACGUCGUCACGUUUCCCUCCUGGAGAUGGGCUACCCCUUCUCAGUGACUUUGGUGAAGCUCGAUUUGGUGACGAGGAGCAUAACGAAGAUAUUAUGCCAAAUCCUUAUCGGGCACCUGAAGUUAUUCUGAAGUCAAACUGGGAUUACAAGGUAGACAUCUGGAAUGUUGGCAUGGUUGCGUGGGAUAUUGUUAGCUCGGCUACUCUUGUUGACGGAAAGAACCCAGACGGCGUAUUUGAUGACCGCUUCCAUCUUGCCGAAUUGGUUGCACUUCUCGGCUCUCCCCCACCCGCGUUCUAUCAACGAAGUCACCUUAGUGCUGUUUUUUGGGACAACGCAGGUAAAUGGAAGGGAUUAGCCCCAAUACCUGAUAAGACACUUGAGGGCUUAGCCAUCAAUAUCAGGGGCGAGGACAAAGAGGGCUUCUUGCGUUGGCUCCGACGGGCCUUGCAAUGGAAUCCCAAUGAUCGACCGGCAGCUCUAGAACUCCUCUAUGAUGAAUGGAUGAUGAAGGGGCUAAAACUAAGAAAUUCUAGCGGCGGAAGCGCUACGUCUAACAGUUGA